CGUCGCGCCACACGGGAGGGAGCAGCCUGGCCCGGCACGACCCCGCCCGCAGCUCCCGCCCGUGCUUAGGAGACACCAGCCCAGCCGCCGCCUCAGAGACGCUGCCUCUGCUGUCGCCGCUGCCGGCCCCGGCCUGCCUGGAACACGCGGACGGGGCGGGGAUGUUGCUCUCCAAGAUCAACUCUCUGGCCCACCUGUGCUCGGCGCCUGGCGGGGAUCUGCACCCAGUCAAGCCGUUGCCAGGAAAGGAAAAGGAGCCCCUGGAAAAGCUGUACCAGGUGGGCCCGCUGCUCGGCAGUGGGGGCUUCGGCUCGGUCUACACGGGCAGCAGGCUGGCAGACGGAGCUCCGGUGGCCAUUAAGCAUGUAUCCCGGGACCGGGUUUCUGAAUGGGGAGAACUGCCUGGUGGAACACGAGUACCCAUGGAGAUCUUGCUCCUGAAAAAAGUUGGCUCCGGAUUUCGAGGAGUGAUCCGGCUUCUGGAUUGGUUUGAGAGGCCAGACAGUUUCAUUUUAGUUUUGGAACGCCCGGAUCCCGUUCAGGAUCUCUUCGACUUCAUCACUGAGCGAGGGGCUCUGCCUGAGGACUUGGCCCGGAGUUUUUUUUGGCAGAUUUUGGAGGCAGUUCAACACUGCCACAACUGUGGUGUCCUGCAUCGGGAUAUCAAGGAUGAGAAUAUCCUGAUUGACCUGAACAGUGGAGAGCUCAAACUUAUAGACUUUGGAUCUGGAGCCCUACUCAAGGACACAGUGUACACUGACUUUGAUGGGACUCGUGUAUAUAGUCCUCCAGAAUGGAUCCGGCAUCACAGGUAUCAUGGCAGGUCUGCAGCUGUCUGGUCACUUGGGGUGUUACUCUAUGACAUGGUCUGUGGUGAUAUCCCCUUCGAGCAUGAUGAGGAGAUCAUAAGAGGACAAGUCUAUUUUCGGCAAAGGGUUUCUCCAGAGUGCCAACAUCUCAUUAAAUGGUGCUUAUCUCUGAGGCCUUCCGACAGGCCAUCAUUUGAAGACCUUUUGAACCAUUCUUGGAUGCAAGAUGUCCUGCUGCCCCAGAAAACAGCUGAGAUCCACUUGCACAGUCUAAUUCAAGAUUCUAGCAAAUAGCAAUAUGUCUGGUCCUUUUGGUGUGCAAAACAGAAUUCUACCCUACAGAGUCUGGCUGACUCGGAUUUUUACAGGAACUCUGUUCAUCUCAUUCCAGACACAGACUGCUUGGAGACUUUGCCAAACCUGGAGAAACACAUCUCUUCUAGUAGAGUGGACUUGAACUCUUUGGGGCUUGUCUUGCAAACUUCCUUGGCAGUAGACCAGUCCUUGAGUGUCCACAACCUGCUGAAUCCUAGAAUAUGAAAGGAGUGGAGCAGAGUACUAGAGUAUAUGUUUCAAAUGGGGAAACCUGGGUAUGGGAGCGGGGAGGGGAAGGUACUGGGUUUGGAUUGGCUUCCUGUCUUCACUGUGUCACCCUGUUCCGAGUGCCUUCAGUUGCAAACUGAACUGUGCUGGGGAAAAAUACUUGAAUGUACGUACCUUCAUUACUGCUGCUUUCUCAAGGUUCACAUAGUUCAUUCCACUUUCUUAAAGAACUGCUUCAAAAGAAGCUGAGGGUGAUUGGCAAACUUGCUAAUUGCAGCCCUGUAUGAACUAUGAGUUUGUUCUUGCAGCCUCUUGAAACUGAAGGCAUCCUCAAGUGCACAAACAAUGCAACCCACUUACCUGUAAAUUUGUACAGAACAAUACAGGAACAAAGUUUAGUAUACAGAAGAUUGUAGUUUAUAAUGGUUUUUACUCUAUUGUUUUUAAUUUAUUUCUAGGGUUUUUAAAAUAUGUCCUAACUUGUAGGAUCUUAUUUAUUUUAUUUAUGAAUCAUGUGGAUUCUUGGCCUACACCUCACUGCUGCAGCUGCUACCUGGUUACCUGUACCCCUUCACUUCUUGCUACCAAAUCCCUUCCUUAUUGGGUUCCUUUCUGCUUCUUCUGCUGUCUGUUGUCACUGUACGGAGCAGCUGACCCCCUUUCAGCCAUCUGUAAAAGUUUCCAACUGCGGCUGUUCAGCCUCCCUGAAUGUUUGAGACAUGUUCCACGAGUGUUGGUGGGGUGGAUGUGUGUGUGUGUGUGUGUAUUAUAUAGCAUGUAUAUACAGUGCUCUUAAAGUGGAGCCAAAUAUCCUGAACUUCCAACACUGUCAGGCUUGUAUAAGUAAUUUGGUGUGUAGUCUGCUGGUUUUUAAAAUAGUUAAUACUGUACAGGGAAUUCAGAAAUGUUAUUUUUUUUAUACAUCCCAUUUUAAAUAAAAAUGGAAUCACUUGAUUUAAUCAGA